AAUUCAUCGCCUCUCUCUUUCUACUACUCCAGCCCAGUCAAACUUCUCUCGACCUCGAAGCAUCAGCCGCCGCACCAUGGCCCCCAAGGCAGCCGAGAAGAAGCCGGUGGAGAAGACCCCCGCGGGCAAGAAGCCCAAGGCGGAGAAGAAGGUGCCGGCGUCCAAGGAGGGCGGCGACAAGAAGGGGAAGAAGAAGGCCAAGAAGAGCGUGGAGACCUACAAGAUCUACAUCUUCAAGGUGCUCAAGCAGGUGCACCCGGACAUCGGCAUCUCCUCCAAGGCCAUGUCCAUCAUGAACUCCUUCAUCAACGACAUCUUCGAGAAGCUCGCCGGCGAGUCCGCCAAGCUCGCGCGGUACAACAAGAAGCCCACCAUCACGUCCCGGGAGAUUCAGACCUCCGUCCGCCUCGUCCUCCCCGGCGAGCUCGCCAAGCACGCCGUCUCCGAGGGCACCAAGGCCGUCACCAAGUUCACCUCGGCCUAGUUUCCUGGUCUGAUUCUUGUGUUCCCUUCCUGGUCCUUGUCUGAUGAAUUCUGUAGGUAGCUGUGUUCUGACAGUGUCAUGCGACAUUGUCAUCUUGUAACAGAGUUUCUGCUUGUGGGUUUGUGGCUGUUAUUCGGUCUGGUUAAAUAGUCAACUUCACCUCAUCCUAGUAUUCUCAUCUAAUGUGGUGAACUGUAGUUAGAUGUGUUCUGAAAGUGUCAUCAUGUAACUUUGUGCUGAUGGUGGCUGUUUUCAGUCUAAAUAAAUAGUCAUGUUGCUGCUAGAA